AUAUUCCCGGUUUUAUGAUCGUCAAGACGGCUUCGCAUCUAGCAGCAAAUUGGAUUAUAAAAGCGCUACCAAAUUAAGCAAACAGUAUCAGAAGCAAUCAAGUCUUCCAUUAUCAUAGAUAUCACUGCCAAACAAAUCGACAGAAAUGUUCAAAUACGUGCUACUCGUCGCUUUCGUCGCCUACGCUUCGGCCGCUGCUGUCAGCAGUUCCGAUGACGCUCAUGCCGAAGUUAGUCUACUGAAGUCCGAUGUCCGCGUCGAUGGCUUCGACACCGCACUGGAGACCACCAACAGCAUUCACGCCGUGCAACACGGUGAUGAAAAAGGCAACAUCAACGGCGAAUACGGUUGGGUAUCGCCCGAAGGCGAACACGUCCUUAUAAACUACGUUGCCGAUGAGAGCGGUUACCACCCACAGAGCGAGCUCUUGCCCGUCGCUCCCCCAGUACCAGAGGCCAUCGUCAAGGCACUCGCAUACAUCGCAGCUCACCCCUCAAAGGAAAGCACGAAGUAAGCAAAGCACUUGGAUUUAUAAUGGACAAAUGUGAUAUUGAUUUUGAACUGGAACUGGAACUUAUGGUUCUCAUGAUUUGCUUGGCUAUAUGAAUAGAGGGAAUCGUGGUUUCGACGCCACUCUUGAGCUUGAUCGAUUUUUUCCUUUACAUAUUGCCGACUUUUUCAUUUUAUAUUUUAAAUUUUUUAUUUUGUAAAUAUGUGUGUGUUAAAUGCAAAUAAAAUACUCCAGCAAACUGGUAA